GUUGUGUUGCACAGGCGGAGAUGAGGAUUGAGCCAUUUUGGUGCCAAAAGUCAGCUUGAAGGCAAUUUUUAGAUUCAGUGGGGGGUCACACCUUUUAGCCAAGUCGAAACAGAGGUGUUGGCGAAAGGUUCACGGAAAAGGGCCCUGCUGCAAGUCAAUAUACGGCUAAAAAGCACUGACCAUCAUAAUUAACCUUUUUUUAACUCAGGAUAAAGUCGUGGUCAAUGACCAAUGACAUACGUCAACAGCUCGUAUAUGUCCAACAAAUAAAUCAGCCGAAUCAUAGCUUUUUUUUUCUUUCUUGAUUUUAAGACAUUGACCAAACAAAAUGGUGCACUCUUUCCGACAUCCAAGACUGCAAGUGCGUGCAGGCACAAGCAUAGAGACUAUGCAAAAGGUAGUGGUAAACGACGACGCCAACCCAUUUGAGUUGAAUUCCGACUCAUUCAAAGGGCGUGGUGUGGUAAGGGUCCGCGAGUACACAGGCGUGAACAAAGCAGCUGCUCCGUCCUCAAAGUAUUUCGAUGAACAUCCGGACAAGUUUUCCAUACAGAUUCAAGGGCGAUUUUUGACUCCCGCCACGGCCGACGAUAUCGUAUUUGGCAACACUUUCGACGCUCCCUUGCGGUUACCAACAGGGUCUUCCAUCGCCAUGAACUUUGCAAAAUGGUUUGAUCCAGCGAUAGAGUUAGAUUUAUACGCCGAUAAGCCCACAGCCUUUAGUCCAUUGGUCGUCACUAUGAACACACUCAACGUCCAAGUUAAACCUGAUACUCUUCCACCAUGGCCAUCCCCUUCUGGCGAACGGAUAGAAGAAGAUCCAUCCAUAUUUGAUAUUGGAGCUGGACAAAGGCGUAAGGCGCUAUGCGAUCAACAUAAGAGGAAGAGUUUCGAAAUUACACCUGACAUGGUGUUUUCCAUGGACUUUUACAAUGAGUAUUUGGAUUUUGACAAGUGUGCUAUUCAUAUACCAGGCUUUGAGAUACAAGUACUAAAAUACUGGGACGGUCAACCUCUACGAUUCAUUGCAAAAAUGAGAGACGAUAGUGCUACAUUCUUUAUAAUUGAAUUCACUCUAGUAGAUGAACAAGAAACGGACGAUAACAAAGCGGAAGACAGUCAACCUAUAGACACUGAUAUUGACUAGAAACGUAGAUUUGCUUCUGCAAGUGCUCAUCUAGAGAAUCUUGUAUGCCGUUUUGAGCAGUUCUUUUUGAACAUCUUUCCGUAUUAUUUCAACCGUUUCUGAAACAGAAGGAAACUGUAUAUUUGGUCUAUAACAAACCUGUUCAAUAAUGCGCACUUUGUUAAAUAAAUCAUCGUAUCAUAUCACUUACCUUUCA